AUGGGGCUGCGGAUAGUGGCGGCGGCGAAGGAGGAGCGGCGAGGUAGCCAGGUAUGUCGCCCACCUUUGCUGCACGGGUCCCUCCCUUGGCUGGAUGGGAGCAAAGCUUUGGGAAGCCACCACGGCGCUGCCCCAUGGAACCUGAGUCCUUUCUCCAAAGCUCCCAUCCACCACGGCUCGCCGGGACCUCUCUCCGUCUACCCGCCAGCUUCUACCUCCACGCUGUCGGCCGGCCACUCCAGUCCUCACCUCUUCACUUUCCCGCCGACCCCUCCGAAAGAUGUCUCUCCAGAUCCUUCCAUCUCCACCCCGGGCUCCACGGGGUCGAGCCGCCAAGAAGAGAAGGAGUGCAUUAAGUACCAGGUGUCGCUGGCCGAAACCAUGAAGCUGGAAUCGUCUCAUUCCCGGAGCAACAUGGCGUCCUUGGGAGGCUCUUCUUCUGGCCAUCAUCCGAUCGCCACUUAUCCUUCCUACGUCCCCGAAUACGGCUCUGGACUUUUCCCCCCGAGCAGUCUUCUCGGGGGAUCACCGACCGGAUUUGGGUGCAAAUCCAGGCCUAAGGCUCGCUCCAGCACAG